AUGAUGAAGCUUCUGUGUGUUGGAUUGUUCUGUUUGCUGGUGGGCACAGACCUCGCAGGUGCACAGUUUCCUCGUGCUUGCUGUACAGUGGACGGUAUACAGACCAAGCAGUGCUGUCCUGCCUUGGGGUCAGAUCCAGCGAACAUCUGUGGAGCACUGGAUGGGAGAGGGAGCUGCGUGGCCGUGCGAGUGGACACCAAACCCUGGGGGGGACCCUACAGCCUCAGGAAUGUGGACGAUCGGGAGAGAUGGCCCACCAAGUUCUUCAACCAGACCUGCAGAUGUAAUGGUAACUUUGCUGGUUUCAACUGCGGUCAGUGUAAAUUUGGCUGGACAGGGCCUAACUGUGACCAGAGGAAAGCUCCCGUGGUGAGGAGAGACAUUCACACCUUGACCCCCGGUGAGCUCGUGGAGUUCUUGGACAUCCUGGACCUGGCCAAGAGCACGGUGCACCCGGACUACAUGAUCGCCACACAGCACUGGUUAGGCCUGCUGGGACCCAACGGCACAGAGCCACAGUUCACCAACAUCUCCAUCUACGACUUCUUUGUGUGGCAGCAUUACUACUCUGUACGGGACACACUGCUGGGUCCUGGUCGCCCAUUCAAAGCCAUUGACUUCUCCCACAAAGGACCAGCCUUCAUCACAUGGCACAGAUACCACCUGCUCAGUCUGGAGAGAGAUCUACAACGGUUGAGUGGUAAUGAGAACUUUGCCAUCCCGUACUGGAACUUCGCCACGGGCCGGAAUGAGUGUGACGUGUGCAGAGACGAUAUGCUGGGAGCUCGGGACCCCGCCAACCCCUCCGUCAUCAGCAGGCAGUCCCGCUUCUCUAGAUGGGGUGUGGUCUGUAACAGUUUAGACGACUACAACCGCCUGGUGACUCUGUGUAAUGGCACUAAUGAAGGUUUCAUUCAGAGAGGAGCCAUGGAAAGCACUAACAUGUCCCUGCCAACCAUGAGUGAUGUGCGCAGCUGCCUGGGCAUCAGAGACUUUGACAGUCCCCCCUACUUCACCAACUCCUCCUUCAGUUUCAGAAAUGCUCUUGAGGGAUAUGAAAGGCCAGAUGGUGAACUGGAUGAAACAGUUACCAACCUUCACAAUCUUGUUCACUCUAUGCUCAAUGGCACAAGCGCUUUGUCCCAUUCUGCCGCCAACGAUCCUAUUUUUGUGGUGCUUCAUGCUUUCACCGAUGCUAUUUUUGAUGAGUGGAUGAGGAGGUUUGUCCCGUCCAAUGCCACGUUCCCAGAUGAGAUGGCCCCUAUUGGACACAACAGGGAUUACAACAUGGUGCCCUUCUUCCCUCCCAUCACCAACGAGGAGAUCUAUGUGGCGUCUGAACAACUGGGGUACUCCUACGCCAUUGCCCUGGAGGCGGACAGUGGUUCUCCCGUGGUGGUGCUGGGCUCCACUCUGGGGGGAGUGUUCAUCGGGCUGCUGGUGCUGCUGCUUAUCUUGGUUCUGUACAUGCGUCAGCGCAGAAAGACGGGCUUUGAACCUCUGAUAAAGGCCGACUUCACCAACAGGAAGUACACAGAGGAGGCCUAG